GAAUACGGAACACUUCGAUUAAAGUGCAUUUCAUUGAAAUACUUUAGUGAGAAAUCCUAAAAACGUUCCGUAACAAUCGAUAGUCAGAAUUCUUUCUUUGAAACAUUUAACGCUCUCAGUCAAUUUCAUGGAUUAAAAUCCUUCGUCAUCCAAGGCCGGAAAUCGUUAGGUAUGACUGAUUAAUCAUGGCUAAUUCCAAGUAGGAAUGAUUAAAACAACAAAAAUUAGCAAGGUUAUUAGAGAAACCGUUAAACAUGACAACGUCGCUGGAAAGGAUGUAUAAGCUACCCUAUGCUGAGACAUCACAUGUAUGUAUGUACCGCCGUAGGUCACGCUUUCUUCAUGAACAUUACCAAACGUUACCAAUCUCUCUAUGUAUAAAGAUGAUUCCUAUGCCAAAACAAUACAAACAACCAAAUCAUCUUCAUGGAUCUGCCAUCAAUAAUACUCCUUGCAUAAGCCCACAGUGAAUCGACAAUUGGUAUUAAUAAGAAAAAAGAAAACGGUUAACACUUUCAUGUUCAAGGAUCAACGGCGCCAGGGAGUGGUGGUGAGAAUGAUUCCAACAACAUGGAGAGGAUGUUGCAGAAAGUGGGGGAGGAUGAAGAAGGAGGUUACAGCACAAAGUCGGUAUCCGGAAAUAACUUCAGUUUCGUUAGAGAUUUCUCUGAGUUCUCAAUGAACUUUUAAGUAAUCUUAACAAGCGCCAAGUUAUCUCUUAAUAAGAAUUUCUACAUAGUUACUUUAAAAAAGUUUAUUAAAAAAAAUGAAAUCACUUUAAAGAAGAAAUGAUUAACAGUCCAAAAAAGAGAUUCGUUGCGACUAUUUAAACACAUAUGAUAGUCAUAUUGUGGGAUUUCCUUAUCAGUAUCCUGAAAGGAUGCGGUUGUCAUACUUUACAUAGAAUUAACAUUUUUUAUAAUUUAUAAAAGUGAUGACGUUAGUGUUAUCGUAAAGACUCAUUUACUUCUUUAGUCAUAAUAAGCCAAUGAAAGAGGGAGAAGCAUCGACAUUAAAAGGCUAUAACUUUAAUAUCGUUUUCUGAAUCUUAUAGUGGAAUACCGAGAGUGGCGGUAGCUAAAUAUAUGUUUAAUUUGUUUAAUAAACAUCAGAAACAUAUGGGGACGCUCUGAAGUAUAUCUUUAGUCAGGAAUAAGCUAAGAGUAGUUAAGAAGACCAAAAUCCUACCGCAGAAGUAACACAGCAUUGCAGUAAAUACGAGUUAACAACGUCAGACUAAAGUUUGGUAAGUUAGUAAAAAUUUCAAUGGUAUCAUUUUAAAUUCAGUUAAUGCAUGUAGAUCCUGCCAAUAGUUUAGCAUGGAUUUUCUCACACAUGGCUGACAUAUUACUUGUAAAAUAUACAGUGCCACUGAAGUCUAUUGGAGGCUGACGUAUUUGAAUAUCAUCCAUGUCAGUUUGAUAAAUAUCAGGAGAAGUUAGAUAACCCAAACACAUUCUUGACGUUCGUAUCAUCAGCUGUAGAACAGAGUAUCAAUAUUAUUUUUAGAACGGAAAAAGAGAUGUCAGGACCAAGUCGUUUAAGCUUCUUUGACAGGCUGUCAAGUCAUCAUGCGACGCAUGAAAAUUCUAAAGCAAAAGGAGACGACGACAGUAAGAGGACACCGUCUAUAGUAAUUAAUUACGAGGAUGAUGAUGGGGAAGUCUGGGAGGAUGACCUACGCGGUAGCAUCUCCUCGGAAGAGAGUGCAGAGUCUGCUGUUCCUGGUUGUUCGAAGCAUCGACCAACGUCUCAUCAGCAACUUUGGGACAAGGAUGAAAUUAUCUUAGGGCUCACUGAUCUUCCAGCCGGCGAGGCUGCCCUUGCACUAGUGCCUACACUUCAUGGGGAAACACUGAGAAGAGUUUUAGAUGAAAGUAAAAACUUAAAUAUCACUGAUGCCGCAUCCCGUGAUCACAAGAUGCCUAUACCCAGUUUCGUAAAUGGAUACGUGAGGAAAGCAUCUUUAGCUGCUGAGAACGAAGCAGCGUCCGCUGCAACGCCUAGCCAUUUGCUGACAAAAUGGCCCAACACGUGUCUUCUGGUGUCUUGCUGGUUGCGACACUUAGAGCUUGUAAAAGCUCUUCUGGAAAGAGGCGCCCACAUUAACUGCCGCGACGGUGAUGGCAGAACUCCUCUACACUUGGCCGCCUGUUCAGGCUCUGUGAAGAUAGUAGAAGAAUUAUUGAAAUAUGGUGCUGACCCGGCUGAAUGGGAUUUUAAUAAGAAGUGUACUGCCUUGCAUUGUGCUGCAGCUGCAGGAGAUGUGGCAUCUGUAAAAGUUUUAUUGAAAUCAGGAGCUGACGUGAACGCUGGUCUCUCAGGAAAGAGUCCAUUGCACUAUGCAGUUAUGAAUAAUUCAGGCGAGUGCGUACAAGCCCUUUUGGAAGCUGGUGCUUGUCCCAAUAAUCCUCAGGUAUACACUGAGACCCCAUUGCACGUCGCUGCAAGUUUAGGCUCUACUACUUGCGUCAAGCUGUUACUGAGUCACGGUGCUGACGUAAGGGUGCAACUGGGACAAGCCAAAUCGACUCCAUUACAUUUGGCAGCCGAGGAAGGCAAUAUGGAAUGCACCAAGCUUCUCCUGGAGGCUGGUGCACAGGCAGAUGCUAAAAAUUCCAAAGGACAAACUGCAAUGCAUUUAGCCGCGCUUGCGCAAUCUGCAGAAACUUUAGAGGUACUCAUUAAAGUAGGAGCUAAUGUUAAUGCAGAGGAUAGCGACGGUAGAGCACCGCUGCACGCUGCCGUGGCGAAGUCUCUAAGAGGAAGCGAAUUAGUCAGGAUGUUAAUACAGGCAGGAGCUUUUGUCAACAAACCAGAUAAAUUUGGCUACACUGCGCUUCAUAUAGCAGCACUAAAUGAAAGUUCGCAACUGGUAAUUCUUCUAUUGAGCAAAGGAGCGGACGUAACAGCUCGUACUAAAGGUGGAGUGUCCGCCCUGAGCUUUAUUGUACGUAGAACACCAGAUGCCUUAGCAAUAUUCGUUGGAAAAUUGGAUCAAUCCAUAUCCUUGCACGAUCACGAGCUUGGAGACGUGGACUGCGAAUUGAGAUUGGAUUUUAGACCGUUGGUUCCAGGUGGUAGAGGUGAAACAGACUUGAUGCUCUGCUUGGUGGAAGUUGGUCAGAGACAUGUUUUGCAGCAUCCUCUAUGCGAGAGUUUUCUUUACUUAAAGUGGUUGAGAAUUAGAAAAUUCUUUCUAUUCAGUCUAAUAUUUCAUUCUAUCUUUGUAGCAAUGUUCACGGCAUAUGUUUGUAUCAUGUUCCUUGGCUAUCAGAUAAGUCUGAACGGUAUUUUUUUUUGGCCUGUAUUGGUAUUCACUUGCAUAUUGGCAUGCAAGGAACUAUUUCAAUUAGCUCACGGUAUAAGAACGUACGCAAAGCGCUGGGAGAAUUGGCUACAGUGGGGAGUCAUUUUGGCAUCUGGUGCUAUUUUGAUACAACCUAUAAGGGAGUGGCAAGAUCAUGCUGCUGCCUGGGGCAUUUUACUUGUCUGGGUUGAACUGAUGAUGGUGGUUGGAAGAUUUCCUAUGUUUGGGUUGUACAUACAAAUGUUUACGCGAGUGUCCAUGAACUUCUUCAAGUUUCUAGGAGCUUACGUGUGCCUUAUAAUAGGUUUCUCAUUAGGAUUCUGUGUUUUCCACAAGAAUUACAAAUCCUUUAAAAACCCUGAGAUAGGAUUAUUGAAGACCAUCAUAAUGAUGUCCGGGGAAUUGGAAUUUGAGGAUAUGUUCUUUGAUGAAUCUGCACAAUUCUUGUAUUUUGAUACAGCGCAUUUGAUGUUAUUGGCCUUUGUGAUACUUGUCACUGUCAUCCUAACUAAUCUUAUGGUUGGUCUUGCAGUCUCGGAUAUACAAGAACUUCAAAGAUGUGCAGGUCUCGACAGACUUGUACGAAGAGCCGAACUUGUAGCUCAUUUGGAGAGUAUGUUAUUUUCAAAAUUAUUAGAUCACGCACCUAAAAGAAUCGUGAAAAUGUGCAGGAAAGGUGCGUUAUUGUUGCAUCCACCGCAUCAUUGUGCUCUACAUAUUCGACCUAAUGAUCCUAGAGAGAAACGUUUACCGAAGGAUUUGAUAAUGGCUGUGUAUCGUUUGGCAGGUGAGAAAAAGAUACGUAACAGACGUACGAGACCCGCGUCCACUAGAAGUUGCAGUGGUAUGGAACUUGGUGAUAUUAGGUUAAGUAGAUUAUACAGUACAGCUUCUGCCAACGAUAAUAAUAAACAGCAAUUAAAUGAGUUGGUUGCUGAAUUGAAAAGAUUCUCAUCCAAUUUUGGAACACGGUUAGACGCUUUGACCAACAGGAUUGAGAGUAUAAGUCGUGAUAUUGAUACAUCGAACCAAUUGUUUCGCCACUUUGAAGCGUUAUAUUGGAAUCUUCUCCUUGUCUCUUUGGAAUAUCACUCAGCAAGAAUGAGUGAACAUCGUGGAACAUCUUUUGCUCAUUCCUGCGUAAAAGUACCAGUGGAUCCUUACAGUCGUCAACCAACACCUUCUUACGAACGUCCAAAGAUCCUUAAGAAUGAACGAUGCCGAUCAGCUGAUAAAUCUCGCAAAAUAAAUUUUGCCAACCGUGACAAUAUUCCAAUGAACGAGCAAACGAGUCCUCAUGAGACUCUAGAGAACUUUCUCGAGUUCCUGGAGAGCAUACCUGACUACGGUGACGUUCAUCAUCUCACAAAUGAGCAAUUUAAACAAAAGGUGGAUUACUUAAAGCGAAAACAAAGAGUAUUGCUGAAAAAUCUAAGAUACUGUCUAGAUCAGGAUGUCAAUGAUAAGUCUGAUCUCAGAGAGCAUACACCGGAAAUGGAGUGUAGUGAAGUCAAGCAAUGGUGUACAGAUUAUAACAAUCUCAGUCUAAAAGGGAAAAAGUGUAACUUUGAAGAAUCUAGAGUCGAGAGUCCAAUACUAUUUUCAUCUGGAAAGUUUGCUGGAUUGGCUGAGGAUCAAGACCUUUUGACCUAUCGAUGCAAGGGUAAGGAUAAGGAUGCGAAAACUCUACGUAACCGGGAAAUUCAUUCCGCCAGAAAAAGCUGGAGUACUUGGAGCGAAUCAAAAAGUAUGGAUAGUCCAGACACCGACGAAGAUGAUGAUAGUAUAGAAACAAGAAGUCUACCGCCAAGCAGUCCUAAGAGGUGGCAUCCAACAGUACCUAAACCAUUUAGUUUUACCCUCAGAGAGGAUGCGGAGAAGUACAUGUCACUAACGGAAAUGCAAGCAGAGGAUUGCCUGAAAAAGGAAACUUUGGGAGUAAACAAAAAACCAACUAAAAGACGUAGAACAAAGCCAGUUCCGUUGACGUCAAAAUUACGUCUUUAUGAUAAAUUAUUAGCAGAGAAGGAAGAAAGGAGUCGUAUGGUGAGAGAGGAAAGCGCGUGGAGUCUGAUGUCACAAGUGCGUCCAUUUAAAUUGGAAAGUGCUAGAAGAGCUUUGACAAGAUCAAGUCCCGAGUUGUGCCCAGUGGAAAGCAAGGAUGUUCCUUCGGUUCCAAAGUUUCGAGCAAAGCCAGUACCCAGGAAUUUGUUCAGCACAGAAGUAUACGACAGAAUGUUGGAAGACGAUUUUUACAGGGCACUGAAGAAGAAGGUGCGCGCUGCGGAGUUACUCAAAUCCUCUUCCCUACCGCCUUCGAUGGCUCGCAGAGAACGUGUAAAAUCAGCCAAUACGGAUUUUCAAAAUAACUCCAAGGACUAUAUAUAUGAGAAGUUACGUGAAGGACGAGAAUCUACAGGUGCCAGUGUGACGCCAUUGCCAUCUGAAAGGUCAAGAUCGGUCAUGACUGUUUUGUCAGGCCAAGGAAAUAAUUUGGCGGCUAUACUGAGGUGCCAGGCUUCCAGGGAAAAGAUGGAGCGUGAAAUUCAGGAAAAAAUGGAAGAGAGACGUAGGGAGGAAAUAAUGAAGUUGCGCGAAUCUUUAGUGAGAAGGAAACCAGCUUGGAGAGCACUGAGAUCAGCAACAAGACACGAGCAUGAAAGGGAUUUAAUUCUACGAGCAUCUCUACGUCGUGACGAGGCCAGAGAGCAAGCAGAACGUCACAGACUUCAAAUGGAAUUAAUGUUGGAUCGUGUUACGCAAAUACCAACCCUGUUCGAACGUCAUUCUCAGGAAAUGGAGUAUUUGCAGAGCUUCCAUACGCCACUCAGUUUCCCGUCAAAAGUCGGAGCAAAAUGUCUUUACAAAACGAAGAAGAAGAAGAGAGCCAAGAGAGAUAAUUCCAGCAGUGUCAAUUCUUACGCUAGUCUUGCCAGUAGCUCCAGACCGAAUUCCGGUUCCUUGACUAGUUCAUCAGGCACCCUAGGGUCUAUAAGUAGAUCAUCCAAAUCAUCAGGUUCUAGAAAAUCCAGCAAGUCAACACCAAAGUCAAGCAACUCAACAUCCAAGAAGAAAGGUGAUCGUGGUCCAUUGAAGGUUUCCAUAAACGAGACUGCAGAACUGAUCGAAGAUCAAAAUGAGGAAGACGAAAGAUACUCAAGUGAUCCAAUUCCUAGUGAUGAACACGAACAAAAUGUAUCUGACAGCGAAGAGAACGAGAGCGUUGAAAAUUAAAAUUAUUUUAUACACAUAACAAUUUACAGAAAAUCAUAAAUAUUUGUCACGUAUAAUAAUGACAAAAAAAAUCAGGUAAAAAUUAAUUUAAAAAAAACUAAU